CCGGGAAUUUAUUUUCAUUUUUAUUCCCCGGCCGCCUGUCUGCCUGCCCGCCCCUGCGAACAACUGUAAACAGUAAGCAAAUAGGCAAACAAACGGUACAACCUACAAUCCAAGCAGUGUGAGGGAGAGCUCAGAGCUGUGUCCAAAACAGACAGACACCGUGAGAGAGAGAGAGAAAGUGGGCGAGCGGGAGAGCGGGAGAAGAGAGCAUGCAGCCCAGCUAUCGCGUGGCCUGCACUUGCACCCACACACGAGUGUACGAAUACGAGUACGAAUACGAGUUAGAGCCCGAACGAGCACGAACACGGCCAAAACGUUUUGGCCAAAGCGUGCCGUCGGAAAGGAUAAGUUGUUCAGAUGCUCGCAAGAUUCUGUCAUAACGGCUUCGGCAUUCGUGGCGCACGCUACGAAGCAGAAGCAGCGCCAAGCAGUGCACAAGCAGUUCACAAAAGACAAAACCGUUAUUGGUGGUUAUUCUGUUCAAAAAUUGUUCUUGUAUGCUUGGAAAACGUUUUUCAAAGACCAAAACCAGUCAAUUUUUAUUAAUUCUUUUUGUUAUUGUGCUCGCGAGUGUCUCAGAAAAUACUACAAAUUCUCAACUAAAAUAUAAGCCACAAAAUAGUUACAAUCCAAAAAACAAUAAAAGCUUGAACACUUCAAAUAUAUAUUUAAAAAAACCAUCGAACAGAAGAAGAAGAGCAAAGCCGGACAACCAAACGCCAGAGGCCACAGUUGGCGGCAAGCAUGCUGCUGGGUGCACUAUGAUAGAGCAGCCAAGUGCCGAUGACACCGGCGGCGGUGUCGCCACUCACUUUUUCGCCCGUUUGAUGCGCCUCACGGGCGUCUCAAUAUCAUCCGCUGCUGCGACUGCCGCUGCUGCAUUCAACUCCAUGCCGGAGCCCACCGCACCAACAUCCUCGCAGCUCAUGACAACCGAAACGCCCACCACAGCUGCAGCGGAACUGGCACCUUCCUAUCUCAUCGAGCGGGUCACACAGGUGGCCCGCAUAGCCCUGGAGGUGACCACAACGGCAUCGGAGGUGCUGGCAGAGGCACUGCCCGAGGUGGACGCCAGCUUCGCCAAUGCCACGACAAUGCACGGAAAUCUAACAUUGGCCGCUGCGGCAGCCACCAACUAUGACAAUUGUUCGGCGAUUUUUGCCAACUACACGCAACCAGAAACAGGCAUCUACUGCAACUUCACUUGGGACACUCUGACCUGUUGGCCCCCAACUCCGGCGGGCGUCAUGGCGCGCAUGCAUUGCCCGGUGGGCUUUCAUGGUGUCGAUCCGCGAAAAUUUGCCAUCCGCAAAUGUGAGCUGGAUGGCCGCUGGGGCACACGACCAGAUACCACAAACAUGACAGCGGAGGCGAUUGCCGCUGGUUGGACCGACUAUGGGCCCUGCUACAGGCCCGAGGUGAUUCGCCUGAUGCAGCAGAUGGGCAGCAAGGAUAUUGAUCUCUACAUUGAAAUUGCUAGGCAUACGCGAACGCUGGAGAUUGUGGGCCUGUGCCUGUCACUGAUUGCGCUGCUCAUCUCUCUGGUGAUCUUCUGUAGCUUUCGUUCGCUGCGCAAUAACCGCACGAGAAUACACAAGAAUCUGUUCGUCGCCAUGGUCCUGCAGGUGCUCAUCCGACUGACGAUCUAUCUGGAUCAAUUCCAGCGCGGCAGCAAAACCAGCUCCCCAAACUCAAGUAGUAGUCUGUCGGCGAUCGAGAAUACCCCAUAUCUGUGCGAGGCCUCCUAUGUCCUGCUGGAAUACGCCCGAACGGCCAUGUUCAUGUGGAUGUUCAUCGAGGGACUGUAUCUUCACAAUAUGGUCACGGUGGCCGUGUUUCAGGGCCAGUUUCCGCUCAAGUUCUUCUCGCGCCUGGGCUGGUGUGUGCCCAUCCUGAUGACCACCGUCUGGGCACGUUGCACCGUCAUGUACAUGGACACCUCGAUGGGUGAGUGCCUCUGGAACUACAACCUGACGCCAUACUACUGGAUACUCGAGGGGCCCAGACUAGCUGUCAUUUUGCUGAACUUUUGUUUUCUGGUGAACAUCAUUCGGGUGCUGGUGAUGAAGCUGCGCCAAUCGCAGGCCAGCGAUAUCGAGCAGACCCGCAAGGCCGUGAGGGCUGCCAUCGUCCUGCUGCCCCUGCUGGGCAUCACCAAUCUCCUGCACCAGUGGCCAGUCACCAAGUCGGCCACUAAUUUUGCCGUCUGGUCGUAUGGCACGCAUUUUCUGACCUCGUUUCAAGGCUUCUUCAUUGCUCUCAUCUACUGUUUCCUGAAUGGCGAGGUGCGCGCCUGCUUGCUCAAGAGUUUAUCGAAUCAGUUAUCGCUGCGCGGCCAUCCCGAAUGGGCGCCAAAGCGGGCCUCCAUGUACUCGGGCGCCUACAACACCGCCCCCGAUACGGACGCUGUUGGCCAGCAGGGGGUGACCGAGAACCAGACGGCCACAGGUACACGAACAUCGCCGCCCAACAGGCGGCAGAACACUCGCGCCAGCAUCGUCAUGAUCCACGAACCGAACCACCGACAGCGGAACCACAACAACAACAACAACAGCCAGGAGAGUCCACGUCGCCCGAGGGGGGAACGCACUGAUGAUGAAGACCGCAUAGGAAUUGAUGGUGGAGCCGAAGUCGAGUCUGAAGUCGUGGUGGUGCAAGGCUCUGGCGGUGCGGGUGCUGGCGCUGGUGCUGGCGCUGGUGCGGUGGGCAGGAAGCGCGAGACACGCAUACAUGCUGGCACCAAGUGGAUGAUGGCCGGCCUCUGCUUCAGGGGUCAAAAGAACAAACGUGUGAUGUCCAACGCUCCCAAUGUAGCACAGAAAAUAUUUAUGACUCCGCAGCUGCCUGCAUCGACGAUGACCCUCGCAAUUGCCACUGUAAACGCCGCACCAGCAGUCGAAAAAACAUGCACAGAGACAGCUCCAACCGCAGACGCAACAACGGAAACCGCAACCACAACCCAUACCCUAACCAUUUACCCAAUGGCAGCUCAUAUACACACCGUACCCGGAACACCAGAAGCAACUAUCAAACUAUCAAUUAUAUCGGAGGCAAGGACAAAGAGAACUCCAAGGCAUCUGCAUGCAAACACAGCCUAAAGCUACCAAUCUGUCGAGCAGACGGCGGUGACUGUUUAGUUUUUGGCGAACGCAGGUGUCCCGUUAGCCCAGCUUAGCGUUUAAGCGUGAAACUGUACUUUUAAAUGUUUUUCGUAUGCAACAGGCAUAAGCACACAUACAUACACAUGCUUUUAAAAGAACACAACUGUACCAGAGUAGAGCUAAAGCGAGCAAAUUGUACUUUACUGUAAUGGUUUGCCGUAUGCACAGGGAACACACACAAUUGUACCAGCUUAGCGUUUAAGCGAGCGUAACUGUACACACCAAAAUGGUUUGGAGAGAGAACUGUGUUCCAUAGAGAGAGAGAAGCAACAGUUCUUAUCAUUAUCCAAAGCUAACUAAAACUUUGUUGUAUGCAAAUCUGUAACAAAAUCUCUCGAACAGAGUGACCGUAUCGUUUUGGCACUCUGCUGUUUUCGAGAGCAACUGUACUUCGCAUUGCGGCAGUGCGGAGGCAACUGUACUAAAACUUUUUUUGUAUGCAAAGGCAUAGGGUAACACAUUCACCACAUGAAUAUCGUACGAUAUAUAACUAUACCCAUAAAACAUAUAUGUACUAAAUGUGUCUAUAUAUAUGUAUACAAACAUACAGAUAUUUUUGUAUACCCAUACAUAAGCCGAAACCGAUGGAUCACAAUGUUUUUUUUUUAUCGCGAAUAUAAAAAUAUUGAAUAGCCAACAUACAGAUAAAAAAAAAAUGUAUGGAUAAAUUGAUGUAAUAUUGAUGUCAGGCAUAUAUGUAUGUACAUGCAUA